UACAACAUUCUCGGUGGUGAGGGCGAACGGAUUGGUCCAAACGAGGUGGGGGGAGAAAACAGCGUCCUCGUGACAUUUUAAGGUCUAGAGAUAACCAAGAAGAAGGCGUUCGAGUUGCGGAGGAAUACAGAACCACGUCUGUGCUCGCAGGUCAGCCCAGCCUGGGCGUGGGCCGUCGUCGCCAGCUGCAGGAUGAACUGUCGCUCGGAGGUGCUGGAGGUGACGGUGGAGGGCCGGCAGGUGGAGGAGGCCAUGCUGGCUGUGCUGCACACGGUGCUGCUCCAUCGCAGCACAGGCAAGUUCCACUACAAGAAGGAGGGCACUUACUCCAUCGGCACCGUGGGCACCCAGGACGUCGACUGUGACUUCAUUGACUUCACCUACGUGCGUGUCUCCUCGGACGAGCUAGACCGGGCCCUGCGCAAGGUGGUCGGGGAGUUCAAGGAAGCCCUGCGCAACUCCGGCGGGGACGGGCUGGGACAGAUAUCUCUGGAGUUCUACCAGAAGAAGAAGUCCCGCUGGCCUUUCUCGGACGAGUGCAUCCCGUGGGAGGUGUGGACGGUCAAGGUGCACGUGGUGGCGCUGGCCACGGAGCAGGAGCGGCAGAUCUGCCGCGAGAAGGUGGGCGAGAAGCUGUGCGAGAAGCUCACCAACAUUGUGGAGGUGAUGAACCGGCACGAGUACCUGCCCAAGAUGCCCACGCAGUCGGAGGUGGACAACGUGUUCGACACGGGCCUGCGGGACGUGCAGCCCUACCUCUACAAGAUCUCCUUCCAGAUCACUGAUGCGCUGGGCAGCUCGGUCACCACCACCAUGCGCAGGCUCAUCAAGGACACACUCGCCCUCUAGGCCCCCCUGGGACCAGCGGAGCUCCUCGGGACUGGACUGGGAGCUCCUGAGGCUCUGGGACCUGUGUGCCCUCUCGAUGGGCAGUUGGCAGCCUCUGCUGCUGCCACGGCCGGUCCGGGCCUGCCUGCCGCCCUGGCCCCGCAGCCCGGGCAGGCCCCUCCACCUUCCCUGUGUGGAAGAGCACCGCGGCACUGGUAAAUAAAGUUGUGAGUGUGACUUUG